AUGGCAACUGUUGCAAUUCCACAAAAAGAGAGCUGGGCUGAAGUACCAGAGGAAAAAGUUAUAGAGAUCUUUGUCAAGAAUGAUAAGGGUGAAGAUGUUAAAAUUAUUAAAACUUUCAGAGAAUAUCAAGUACCAGUAAAGAGAAAUAAAAGAGUAGACGAAAGAAGAAAGUGGGAAAAGUUUGGUGAUUGUGCUGGAACUAAUGGAAUGUCGAAUACAUCAUCUGGUGAAGAAGUAUUUUUAACUUUAUCAAGAAACACUGUCUCUGAAGAGGAGAAGAAGGAUGUCAUUGUAUGUAGAAACUGUAAGAGAAACCAUUUCACUUCAAAGUGUCCAUACUACGAAGCCAUAAAGAUGACUCAAAUGUCAAUGAACAAGCCAGAGAAAGAAGAAAAAGUACAAGAAAACAAAUACGUUUUACCAUCACAAAGAGGUGGAUAUUCACCAGCUUCACCAAUUGAAGUACCAAGUCUUAUUGUAUCUAAUCUUUCAGAGAAUGCCAACGAGAAGGAUCUUCGUGAGUUGUUUGGUCGUUUCGGUAUGGUUCAAAAGGUCAACGUACCAAAGCAAAACGAUGGUAAGCCAAGAGGUUUCGCCUACGUCACCUACGCCGAUCUUAAAUCCACCGAAGAAGCUAUCAAACAUCUUGAUGGUCAUCGUUACGAUUACCUCGUUUUGAGUGUCAGCAUUGCUCAACGUAGAAAGAACAACUAG